AUGCUAAUUCUUGGGGUGUUGCUGCUGGUUCUCGUGGCAGUAUCACUGCUCAUUGCUUUCGUGGCCGCUACCUGGGAGCACGAUGUGGUGCAAAGGUAUGCUGCGUUGCCUGCUCCAGCCGACCUGGGCACGAAGGAGUUUCGCUGGCGCUGCUGGUUGUCGCCGCUUACACGUCGCGGCUGGCGCCAGUCUAUUCUGCGUAGCCCAUGCCCCCGUAUCACGCUGCGGUGUCCGUUUGCGCUGCUGUCCACGGAUUUUGCUAAGCUUGCCACCUCGCUGAGUCUGCCCAAGCUGGCACUGGAGCAACUGCCCUUUAUGUUCCCGCAGGUGGCAGUUAGCACUUUGUUCCUACAACUAUUGGGCAACUCGAACUUCCCGGCUAGCGUGCGCAACAUUCGUCUUAAAGCUCUCACUAUGGUCCAGCUGAGGCCCCUGGACAUGAGUUUCCCGUCUCAAAGUGAUGAGACGCCGCCACCGUCAGAGCUCACGUGUAUCAUGGUAUUGACCGAAAAACGUUUCCUGGAAUCGGAAAUGGAGUUCACGGUUCAAACAGACCUGUUCGAUGACCAGGGCACAGUAUGGCAGUCUGUAACCUGGCUCUCGGUCCCAUUCAAGCAAGAGACGCUGUUGGUCCCAAUAUCACAGUCUUCAUUCAGCAUGGAUGACAGUGUGGUGACGCGUGCCAGCGCGAACCUUUUCGAAGAGUCCUUUGAAUGCUCUGCACGGAACGUAUCUGAGUUCAAGGAUGUUAGCGUUGUGGAUGUGACAGGUGCACGCACUAACAAGACUGACGCUGCACCGCUUACGUGGAUGCUUGCGCGUGCAACUGGUAUGCUCCAGCAGCAAAAUCGAGUACCUGCACAACCUCUCAUGUGCAGCUGUAGGUUCGGUGAGGAGUUGACAUCCGUGCCACUUCGCAAGAAACUUGCGCUGCAAUCAUGGACCGAUGAGGAAAGCUUUCUGCAGCAGACGCAACCGGAAGUGGCCAAGUUUGCUGUCAAUUCUCAAGACGCGAAUGUCAUGACGGGAAUUUUACGAACUGUCGGGUGGAACUUUUCGAAUGCGUCGUGA